CGGAGUGCGCUGCGGCCAAUGGCGUGGCUCUCCUGCAGCCAGACCCCGGUGUCUCCUCGCUUCAGUCCCGCAGAGUAAAAGUCACGUUGGAACCGAGAGGGGCGAGCGAUCCUCUUACAGCUGCUGUCAGACAUUCGAUCGCGUUCGCAUGGCGAGAAGGUAACUUGAUCGGCCAGAGGAAGGCUUGGCGAAACCAGGGAGGAGUGACUUACCGGGAAGGCUUGAAAAAUGUCUUCUUCUCUCAGAGAAGUCACAACAGCGAAUGACAUCAAGAAGGAAAAUGUAAAGUCGGACAAAGGAGAGUGCAUCAAGCUGCUCGCUCUGGACACCGCGGAGUUGUCUAUGGAGCGAAGCGCAACUUCGCACCCAGACACGGUCCACGGGGAUCUACUGGUGAGCGCCUCCUCCUCGCUGGCCUUUUCCCCGGAGCAAGUGGCGUGCGUGUGCGAGGCGUUGCAACAGGGAGGCAAUGUGGACCGGCUGGCCAGGUUUCUAUGGUCCUUACCGCAGAGUGACCUGUUACGCGGCAACGAGAGCAUACUGAAGGCGCAGGCCCUGGUGGCGUUCCACCAGGCCCGCUACCAGGAGCUGUACAGCAUCCUGGAGAACCACAGCUUCAGCCCCUCCAACCACUCGGCGCUGCAGGACCUGUGGUACAAGGCGCGCUACACCGAGGCGGAGAAGGCGCGCGGGAGACCCCUGGGCGCCGUGGACAAGUACCGUCUCCGGAGGAAGUACCCUCUGCCUCGGACUAUCUGGGACGGGGAGGAGACCGUGUAUUGUUUCAAGGAGAGGUCCCGGAACGCACUGAAGGAUCUGUACAAGCACAACCGGUACCCAUCUCCCGCGGAGAAGAGGAACUUGGCCAAGAUCACGGGACUCUCCUUGACUCAGGUCAGCAACUGGUUCAAGAACCGGCGGCAGCGGGACAGGAACCCGUCCGAGGCGCAGUCCAAGAGUGAGUCGGAUGGGAACCACAGCACAGAGGACGAGUCCAGCAAAGGCCAGGAGGAGCUCUCCCCCCGUCCCCUCUCCAACUCCUCCGACGGGACCAUCACCCACGGCAACGCCCCCCUCCACGGGGGGUCCCUGGACGGCGGCGGCGUGGUCAUCCAGCAGAUCGGGGACAUCAAGAUGCCCCCCCACUCGGGCAGCGGCGGCCUCUACAACGGGGGCCUGGGGAGCGGCAACGGCAACGGCGGCACCUUCCACACCGGCGGCUCGCCGUACCUCCAUGGCCCGGGGAACAUCCUGUUCAACGGGCUGAACCUGGGCCUGCAGCCGCUGGCCUUCAGCCCGCUGCGGCCCAGCGGAGGGGUGCUGCUGGGCUGCCCCGGGAUGGACAUGCAGAUGGGGCAACAGGGACAGGACAAGGGGCUGGGAGGGUCCCCCGAGGACUCGAACCUGCAGUACAGCCCCUACUCCGCGGGCUGCGGCAGCAGGGGGGACGUGAAGCUGGAGGGGGUCCACGGCAUGGGGGGGGUCCAGAACGGGGGCGCCUCCGUGCUGACCUUCAGCUCCUCGUCGGGCGGGCUCCACAUGGGGGGCUACGGCCUGGUGGGGGGGCCCGGUGCCGGGUCGGACGGGGACGGAGCCACGCUGCUGGACCGGGACGUGGGUCUUCCUCCCCUGCAGCUCCCCUCAGCCUCCUCCUCCUCCUCCAUAGCACAAGGUAACAUGCCGCUGAACAACGUCAGCUCCUCCUCCAAGGACUCCUUCCAGCAGCAGGACAAGCUGAGCAUGGCCCCGCUGCACCACAGCACCGUGCUGUACAGCAUGGGCGGCGGCGGCAGCCACGCCUCCAUCAAGAAGGAGCCCCAGGAGGGCGGGGGCGGGGGCGGGGGCGGGGGCUACGCCUCCUACCACCACGGCCUCCACCUGGACCCCGACGGGCAGGUCAGCUACGCCCCCGGCCACGGGGAGGGGCCCCGGCCGCGGCACAACGUCAGCUCGUCCAGCCCCGAGCCGGAGGUGUACACCACCCUCACGGUCAGCACCCCCCUCAUGGCCCAGACGGACCCCAACGGGCACCACCUGCAGCCCCACUCAGAGUACCCGUCGAGCGCCGCGCACCUGCUGGCCUCCACCAUGAACAGCGGCUACAUGAGCCUGUCGGAGGGCAAGGGGGAGGGCGUGCGAGGGGUGAGCGACAUGGUGCGGGCCAUGUGCGGGGAGAUGGAGGCGGUGGAGGGGAAGGAGCUGGCCAAGCUACAGACAGUGCAGAUGGACGAGGACAUGGCCGACCUUUAGGGGCGGGGGGGCAGCCUCUCUGCAAAGCACUCCCGUCCACUCCCCCCCCAAGCCCCGUCCGUGAAAUUGUGAAUCUUUUUACUUUUGUGUGUGUGUGUGUGUGUGUGUGUGUGUUUGUGUGUGCGUGUGUGUGCGUGUGUGUGUGCGUUGUUUUUUUUUACCAUUCAUUUCCUUGAAAUGUUAAAUUAUUUGCAGGCAUCGUGUUCCUUGGACUCUUCCGGUGCGCUGCGUACACACGAGCACAUUUGGUUCACACUGUGAGCCCCGCAUGUGUCGCCUCCUAUCUCGUCUCUAGAUUGUUUUUCAAGCUCUAGCCAUAAAACACAACGUUACAACUGUUACUCGUGCCGUGAAGUUGAGCCUCGUUUUAAAUGUGCAUUUUUAUAGACAACACCUGCUCGUUCCUGUUGAGUGGACGUGAUGUGCCGGAGCAGGUGUUGGAGCGCCCCAAGUCAUGUGACCGGGAUGUGGCUCCAAACUAAAUGCGUCACGCGGGUCAAACCAUAAAGGUCAUUCGGAAGGGGGAAAAGUGAAAGCAUCUCAAUGAAAAUAGUCGCUUAAACCACUACAGCUUUACCAAAGGGCUGCACACACACACACGGUAAUAGGUCUCGCAUUAGCACAAAAUGCUGUUGAUCUGUGCAAUGUCUUACCUCAGUGAGCACCUCGAUUACUUAACUCCUCCAGUGACUGGCAAUCCAACCUUUUGUUCCUUUUGGAAUCACCUGGGAAAGAAUCAAUUGUGUGUUGAUGUUAACGGUGAUAAAAACAACAAACUAACAUGAAUGUGCCUUUCAGCAACACAGAAUGUCCUGUUGCAUCGUUCCGUAUUGGUGUUCACUCCACCAUGAUGACACUUGAACCAAUUGGGACUGUAUGUUGUUUUAAGAAGCCCCUCUAUUGUGCUAGGCGGCUCAAACAAACACCCUAACCAAUGUAUGCAAUUUAACUCGUUGAAUCUCAUUCAAGAUCCAAAGAGUAACUGGCGAGACCAAGAAAUGAAAUGUGAUCAAAAGGUCAGACUAACAUUUGAUCGCUUUUUCACCGUCUAUUGUUUAUAAUCCUGCAGCUCAAAGUAUGUUAUCUAGGUUUGACAAAGCUGUCAUGUUACAUUUUGCAGUGUCUCUCAAACUGUUAAUAAAACAUAAAAGAUAUUUUUCCAAACAGCCCAAAGCGAUCUGCGGUGUGUCUAGGGACGUGUAAGGCGCUAGAGUGAGCAGCAGUGAGCCCGGCUGGAGUAGACACAACCACGCGCGUGGGUGGAUGUUGUAUCCUCUGACUCUACAUAUGUCCCGUUGCAAAAAAAAAAAACAGCACACUGAUGUCGUGAAAUAUUCGUGCCUUUGUUCUUUUCUUAAUUAUUAUUUGUAUGCAAAUGUGAUCAGCCC